GGUAUACCCACACUUUCCGUAUCCGGCCCCUCGUCUCUCUAUCGCGAAGUAUGCACGUUCCCAAAACAAACCGUUCUCUUCCAAACCCUAACCCUAACAAACUAAAAUUCACGAUACGUCUCAUGAUCAACAUCAAUCUUGCACCAUAAUCCAAAUUAUUCUCGUAAUCAUGUUGAUCUAGCUCGGUGAAUUAAUAAGAGAUGGCGAUAUCGAACGCGAAUCAUCAGCUCGCUCUGGUAGUACCGUCGAACACGACAACGUCGUAUGAAGGGCUGUUGGAAUCGCAGAAAGAACUAUUGAGCAAACAGAUCUGUGAGCUGCAAAACAUCGUUUCAAGACAAUGCAAACUUACUGGCGUCAACCCUCUCUCUCAAGAAAUGGCAGCUGGUGCUCUUUCUAUUAAAAUUGGGAAAAGACCCAGGGAUCUACUGAACCCAAAAGCAAUAAAAUACAUGCAAUCCAUUUUUUCUGUCAAAGAUGAAAUCAGCAAGAAGGAAAUCCGAGCAAUUAGUGCUCUUUUUGGUUUAACAGCAACACAGGUGAGGGACUUCUUUACUAGUCAACGCUCAAGAGUUCGGAGAUUUAUCCGCUUAUCAAGAGAGAAGGCAACCCAAUCUUCUGAAUGUGUGCAAGAUCAAGAUGGACCAUCGAGCUCUAAUGUGGACACACUUAAUCACCCUGUUCCAUUGAACUCUGUGGGCCCAUCCAGUGUUGAAGCACCUUCAUGUUCCACCCAAGAUGAAGUGUUGCCUGAUACAGAUGACUCGGAUAAGUAUUUUAUAGCCAAUAUUUUUAGUCUGAUGCGGAAAGAAGAAACCUUUUCUGGACAAGUCAAAUUGAUGGAAUGGAUCUUGCAGAUACAAAGUCCUUCAGUGCUCUUUUGGUUUCUAACAAAUGGAGGUGUGAUGAUUCUAGCUUCGUGGCUGAGUCAAGCUGCAAUCGAAGAACAAACCAGUGUUCUUCAUGUCAUUCUUAGGGUUCUUUGUCAUUUGCCAUUACAUAAAGCUCUCCCAGCACACAUGUCAGCCAUAUUGCAAAGUGUCAAUAAGCUUCGGUUUUACCGGGUAUCAGAUGUCUCAAACAGGGCAAAAAGUCUGUUGUCUAGAUGGAGCAAAAUGUUUGCAAGAAGCCAAGCCAUGAGAAAGCCCAAUGCCAACAUUUCCGCAGUUGAUGCACAAAAUGAGAUAUUGCUGAAGCAAAGCAUUGGUGAAAUCAUGGAAAAUGAAUCUUUCCACUCAAGAAUUGAGAACCCUGCAGCGAUAUAUUCAUUGCUAGAGAACUCUGAAAACUCAAGGUCCCAGUCGAUCAAAUUGCUCUCAUCACCAUCCGAUGACUCAAAUAUGAAGCUUCUUAAAGGCGUAUCUUCAUCUCAUGGCAGAGAACGCAGGAAAGUACAGCUGGUGGAGCAGCCCGGCCAAAGAGCAGGUGGGCGGGGCCCACAGGUUACAAGGUUGUUUCCUACAGCUCAGGGACGUCCACUUUCGGCUGAUGAUAUACAGAAAGCCAAAAUGCGGGCUCAGUUCAUGCGUAGUAAGUAUGGGGAAAGUUACGUGGGCUCUCACCCUCACGUGAAAACUGAAGUUCCUCGGGUGUUGAUGUCUGCCACCUCAUCAUCAUCAUCGUCAUCAUCUAAAGCUCAUGUGCAUCCUAAAGUUGAGGAACAUGCUACUUCCUCUUCUAGCAUGGUGACUCCUUUAGCACCUAAGCCUAAGACCCCUCAUGUUCAGGUUCAGCCUAAAGUUGAUGAGGAAAAGAAGGAGCUAGUAAAGAAUGAAGUGCAGGAGGCGGAGGAACUGUGUGGAAGAAGUGUAAGAGAUUACCCAUCAUGGGUGAAUCCACCAGAAAUGAAGAUGAAUAAGGAGUGGAGUGUGUGUUAUGGAGAGAACAGCAAAGAAGUUGAGGUCCAAAACAAACGAAUCAAACGUGAAAAAGAAGUUUUUUACGACACAAAUCUUGAAAUCCCAGCAAAUCCCAAAGAACCAUGGGACCGAGAAAUGGACUACGAUGAUUCCCUAACACCCGAAAUCCCAAUUGAACAGCUUCCGGAUGAAGACGAUGAGAAUAUGAAUAUGGUAACCCAGGAAUCCACACAAACAGAAGUUACAGUAUCUGAAAAUAACAAGCUGAGCAGCAUCGGUCCGGAUCUCGAACUGUUGGCAGUGUUGCUUAAGAACCCACAGAUUGUGUUUGCAUUGACGGCUGGUCAAGGUGGGAGCUUGAGCAAUGCUCAAAUGGUGAAGCUUCUUGAUGCAAUGAAGGCCAAUGCGGCUUCUGGUGGCUCCAUUGAUAACCUUGUUAGCGGCUUAUUAGUUGAACCACACAAAACCAAAACAGAGGAGAAGAGGGUGGUUGAAGUAUCUCUACCAUCUCCAACUCCAUCAACCAACCCUGUAACGAGUGGAACUGGAUGGCGGGCGGGGGCGGAAAGUGGUAAAAAUCAGUUUAGUUCCCGACAAAGUGUGACGGUUAAUGGUGACGCUUACCCCAUUCCAGGUGUCCAUUUUCAAGAAACCAGUUUGCUGACUCACCAACAAUUAAAUGCAAAUGCUCCAAUUACGCAUCAUCAAAGAUUCACCGAUGUGGUCCCUGACCAGAGAAACAUUCCGGCAACAAGUAAUUUGACCCAACAGCCAACUUCUUCUCACCAGAGAAACAUUCAUGUUCAUGUUCAUGGUCAAGGAGUGAACACGUCUUCUAAUGCUUACCUUUUACCCGCUGUGGGUGGGUCGCAUGCAUGGGCGGGCCAGGAGAGUCCACAUAGUAGUACAAACUACAAUGCAUAUGGUACAAGAGAGGUGGGUCCGGGUCCGGGUCCUUCGUGGGGGAGAAACAGCAACAGCAACAGUGGAGGAUAUCAUCCUCGUGGGUUUGAUUCAUGGAGCCCCGAGGAUAGUCCGGUUAGGUCUCGUGAAUAUGAUGAGAAGGAGAGGGAGGAUCAUAGCCGGAGGAGCUAUGGUUAUAAUUACAAUAAUAAUAUGUUGAGAAUGCAAAAUGACCAUUUUAGGUUUAGAGACCGUGGUGGUGGUGGUGGUGGCCGGAAUGAAGCUUCAAGGUGGCGGGAUAGGAGGAGAUAGAUCAUCUCCGAUUAUUGUUGGGUUGAUGGACGUUUUCAGUUUUGAUUCUAAAAAGAAAAGAAAACAAACAAACAAAAUUGACAACUAAAAUCUUGUAGCUUCUUUUUUCUUAAUUCUAUCACGUCACGCCCAAAACACAUGAAAUACAAGUUA